GAUCAAUGAAAACUCACAACAAGACUCCAUUAACAGCUCCUAGGAGAAUUGCCUAUCCAGUACAAGGCGCCUUUAUCGCCUGGUGUUAACGCCUUAGAAGCCCAAUUCUGCUAGGGCAGAAUAUCGCAUACUCCAUCCAAUAAAAGGUGUCUUACUGUACACUACGACAACUUUGUAUAUAGCUUUCUUUCUGUUUCGGGCACUUCGGAGGCAGUCCCUAACAAUAGUUGCGCUCAUAUAACCUUACAGUGUCUCUUAACAUUCGCUUAUAAUAACCCCUCUUGCUAGGAGUACACAGGGGUAGUUUUUGCUGCCGGCAUGCGCUGGCUGGCCGCUGGCGCAGCUAGGCGCACUAGGUGCUAUCCCCUUCCAGCACAAUGGAUGGACAUGGGCCACAUGUCUUAACAGCUAGCAGCGAAUAGGCUGCUUGUGGGUGGGGUUUGCUUUGGGGGUUGUCCAUGAGCCGUGCGCCGGGCCGGUCGACGCUGCUGGACGCCGUUCGCAAUAACUCGGUUGAGGCAGUACAAGAGCUCCUCGCCAGCAACAGCAAUGGGAUAAAUGAGUGCGACAACCAGCUCAACACGCCGCUCAUCCUGGCAGCAUCGAAGGGCAGUGUUGCAUUGGUCCGCUUGCUGCUGGCGGCGGGCGCGGAUGCCAGCUGCCAGAACUCCUCCGGCCACACCGCGCUCACCCGAGCCUGCGCCGCGGGCAAGGUGGAGGUGGUGCAGCUGCUGCUGCAGGCGCCCAACGCGUCCGCCCACCUGCACCUGCGCGAUAACCACGGCAACACGGCACUGCUAUGGUGCGCUCGCACGGGCAACGCACAGCUGUGCAAGCUGCUGAUCGAUGCCGGCGCCAACGUCAACCAGGCGGACAGCAGCGGCCGCACACCCAUCUUCCACGCCUGCGUCGCCAGCUCCACAGCAGUUGCCCAGCACCUUGUCACGGCCGGCGCCGACCUGUCGGUGCGGGACGCCGCCGGCAAAUGCGCGCUGGACUAUGUUCAGAACCCAGACAUGCGCGCCUUGUUGCUUACCUCCAACUCCCAUGGCCGCCGCACCAGCUUCACCGCAAACGGCAGCCUUAGAAACAGCACCUCCGGCGCCGCCGCCGCCGCAGCAGCAGCCGUCGCAGCCGCCAACUACUCCGUCUCGCCCAACACGGGGGCCUCCCCCACCAUCCAAUCGCCCGGCAUUCGGUCCCGCAGCGGCAGCUCGCGCCCCUCGCAGGCGUUCCACAGCCUUACCAACGCGAUCCAGUCGGGCAGCGAGGCGCAGGUGGUAGCCAUGCUGUCGGCUCCCGGCGGCGAGGUGCUGCUCUCGCAGCGCGACAUGCUGCACAACAGCGCCUUGCAUGUGGCGGCCGCACGUGGGCUGCUGCCCAUCAUGGUCAAGCUCCUGGACUUUGCUCGCAUGCACCAUGUAGACAUUGACGAACCCAACAUGGAUGGCCACACGCCGCUGUACCUGGCCUGCCGCUUCGGGCACCGGGUGGUUGUGCAGGCGCUGCUGACGGCAGGCGCCUCGCCCAACGUGCCCUCACGGGAGGCCUCCACGCCGCUGCAUGCAUGUGCUGCUGGGGGGCACAGCGACAUUGUACGGCUGUUGUUGGAUCGCGGCGCGAACCUGAACGUGUCGGACUCGCAUGCCAGCACACCGCUGCUGCGGGCGGCGGAGCUGGGCCACUCCAACGUGUGCUCCAUCCUGCUGCGGCAGGGCGCCAGCAUCAACCACCGGCGACGGGAUGGCAGUACGGCGCUGCUCAUGUCAGUACGGGGCGGCCGGGUGGGAGUGGUGCAGCUGCUGUUGGCGGCGGGGGCCAACCCGAACAUUCCGGAUAACGACGGCGAGACGCCGCUUAUAGAGGCUGCCACGGCGGGCGCCGUGGGCGUCGUGCAGACGCUGGUGUCUCACGGUGUGGACGUGCAGGCGUGCAACCACAUCGGCGAGACGGCGCUCAUGCGCGCCUCCGUGCACAGCGACCCCGCCAUUGUGGAGGAGCUAAUUGCGGUGGGCGCGCGGCUGGACGCGGCGGACAGCGAGCUGGGCUUCACGGCGCUCAUGUACGCAGCUAGCCAGGGGAGUGUGGCGGUGGUGUCCCGGUUGCUGGCUGCGGGGGCGGCGGUGGGCCACGCCAACAACAUGGGCAUCUCGGCGCUGCUGCUGGCCUCGCGGUCGGGGUACCUGGAGGUGGUGGAGCAGCUGCUGCAGGCGGGAGCCAGCAUCGACCAGGCGGACCUCAAGGGCUACACGCCCCUCAUGGUGGCCUGCGUGGGCGGCUACGUCAAGGUGGUCGCGCACCUGCUGCGAGCCGGCGCCAACGUAAACCUGCGCAAUUACGAGGGCUACACCGCCCUCUCCGCUGCAGUGGAGUUCGGGCAGCAGGCGGUGGCGGAGCUGCUGGUACGGCACGGAGCUGACGCCAGCGCCAUCACCGAAGCAGGGAAGCCGGGUUACAGCUCCGCAAACGGCAACAGCUCGCUCAAGGCCGCAGCGGGAGGGACGAACGGCGGCGCCGGUGUUGCCGCCGGCGGAGCUUCCAAUGGCGGCGGUGGUGGUGGCGGCGGCAGCAACUCGGGUUCCCAGGACGGCGGCGGUGGCCCCGGGGGUGGCGCUGCGAUGCAUGCGUCGCCGUCUUCAGGCGGGCGGUACGCGGCCUCGGAGGCGGCGUCUUCCGCCGGCAGCCGGGCAGCGGCGAUGAGCAGCCUGCAGCCGCACAUGGACGGGCUGCCCAACAGCGUGUCGGGAGCCAACCUCGCCAAGAUGGGCAGCGGAGGCGCCGGCAUGGCGGCAGGCGGCCCGGGUGGCCCCGGCGGCGGCGGUGCUGCACAGACGCAUGCCGCCAAGUUCCUUCAGGAGCUGGACGGGUACGAGGUGGUGCAGCGGCGGGGCAGCAAGGCCUGCGUGCUGCCGGCGGGCUCCAGGCCUAGCAGCACCUCCAACAGCCCAGGCCACGGCAGCGUGGAGGGGUUCCAGAUGGCUGCUGCAAGCGCAGCGGCUCGGCUGCAGUCGCCGCUGCCGUCGCAUGCGCACCCGCACCCGCAAGCGCCGUCGGCCGCGGAGGACGUGGCCUCGCAUGCAUCCAACUCGUCCGAGUUAGCGAAGGAGGUUGCGGUGGCGUCGUCGGCGGACAAGCGCGCUGGUUUGCACCAGGCGGCACUGGCGGGGUCGCACAAGCUGAGCGGCAGCGGCGCCCCUCCGCCGGUGCCGCCCAAGCCGCUGUUCAAGAAGGCCCAGGGCGGGCAACCGGACAACUUGAUUGUGCUCGAACCGGACGGACCGGACCUGUUCGAGCCGGGCAUGAUCUACCGCAGCCCCUGGGCCAAGGUGGUGAGCUUCCGCGACCCGGUGGCGGAGGAUGUGGUGUGGUACGAGCCCUCGGAGACGGACGAGGUGGAGGGGGUGCACAGCAACGAGGUGGAGGGCGGCGGCUGCGGCUGCGUCAUCAGCUAGCGGUGCGCUGCGGGCGGGGAAGGGGGGGAGGAUAUUGUCGUACAGAGCCAUGGAGGACCGAAAACCUUGUAUCAUUGGCGUUGUGGUGGUGUGCAUGUGUAGCAUUCGAAACACACUGCGUGGAUCGCCCGGUUUCGACGUGUGGACAUGACGCAGGGUGGCACGAAUGAACGUUGAACUGGCAUGACGGCUCAUGCCGUGUGUUGACCAGGGGUUGGUGCUGUGUGUGGUCUCAGUGCCUCCGCCCGUUGGGUGGAACACGUCGGCAGGUACAUGAGAGGCCAGCGCCGGAAGGUUAGCUGGGCCUUAUCGAGUACACACGCCUGCCGACUGACAGGCCCAUGGCUGUGCUGCCUGUGCUUAGUUGAGUGGAACGUUGUGAUCAAUAUGCUUGGACUGAACUAUAAACCGUUGUCAAUUCCAUGUGCAGGAAUGCAUGCUGUGUCUUUGUUGGCAAUGAUCAUAUGUUCAUACUACAGUUGCCGCACCUACUAUGUUAUGGCUAGUUGACGGCAGCUUUCUACAUACUGGGUGCCUUCGUGUGCUCAAAUGAUCUUGUCGUGGUGGUGGUGAAGUGCUGCUGACCUGCUUGGUGGAUGACUUGCAGUGAGCUAAGGCAAACGGGCCGUUCUUACAUAUGACCCCUAUAUUGUUACGGACGAUGCACAUAGAUGCGCGCCUUACAUGUGUUUGUGCAUGUAUUCGCCCGCGGGGCUUGCCUUCGGUAUACGACAAUGUGGGUUGUACGUGUUCCAAGGGACAAGAAGUAUCGUUAUGUCGUUUUGUUUGGGUGGUUAUUAGGCGGACAUGAGGUGUUGCGGGAGCCAUGGACAGCGGACAAGAGGCAUAUACAGCACAGGAUGGGAUGUUGCGACAUGGAUGGUUAUAACCUUUGUGUGAUAGCAUCUGCGUACGAAGAUUUUGCAUGCAUGCCUAUCACAUAGGGCACUGUUUAGGA